AUCAAGAUGGCGCUGAGUCGGAAGGACGUUAAGCUUCCUGAGAAUUACCCGCGGCAUUUGUUGCUCGAAAAGCACGCGGAAUUUAUCUGCAAAUAUGGAAAUGAUCCAAAUGAUUAUGAGUACGCAAUGUCAGAGUUUCUCAGGAUGAACGGUGUGUACUGGGGCUGCUCUGCUAUGCAUCUAAUGGGUAAAUUGGAUUCCAUGGAUAAACAAGAGAUAAUUCAGUUUCUCAAAGAUUGCCAGGAUGAAAAUGGUGGUUUUAGACCUGUUCAAGGACAUGACCCCCACUUACUCAAUACCCUGUCAGCUGUACAGAUCGCCGUGAUAUUUGAUUGCUUGGAGGAGAUCGACUCUGAGAAGGUGGUGGACUACGUGCUCAGCUUGAGGCUGGAGAACGGCAGCUUUAUGGGGGACAAGUUUGGGGAGGUCGACAAUAGAUUUACAUUCUGUGCAGUAGCCUGCCUUGCUCUUCUAGGUAAAUUGUCUCGCCUGGACGUUGAUAAAACUGCCGGGUUUGUUAAAGCGUGUUUAAAUUUUGAUGGAGGUUUUGGAUCCAGGCCUGGGGCGGAGUCACACGCAGGGUUGAUAUAUACCUGUGUUGGAACACUAGCAAUUACAGGACAUCUACAUUAUAUAGAUGCUGACCGACUUGGCUGGUGGUUGGCUGAGAGACAACUAGAUUCAGGGGGUUUGAAUGGGAGACCUGAAAAGUUACCUGAUGUCUGCUACUCUUGGUGGGUCCUUGCCAGCCUUGCUAUUCUCAAUAGAUUGCAUUGGAUAGAUAAAGAGAAAUUAAAAGAUUUUAUGCUUGCCUGUCAGGACCCUGAGACAGGAGGAUUCGCUGACCGGCCUGGAGAUCUUCCUGAUCCAUUCCACACCCUGUUCGGAGUAGCCGGUCUGUCCUUGUUGGGGGAGCCGGGGGUAGGCCAGGUCAACCCGGUGUUCUGUAUGCCCCAGCAGGUCCUGGAUAGAAUAGGAGUCAAAUAAUACAACAUUAUAGUAAAUGUAAUGUAUUUGAAAACUGUGCUGUGUUAUAUCUUGAAAUUAUUAAAUAUCAUAAAAUGUGACGAACUGUCGGUGAUUAACAACAUUAUUGCUGAUCUUACUCUCAGUGAUUCAAAAAAAUAACCUGCGUGACCAGUCACUGUCCUCCGUAAUGAAAAUUUACUCCGAAGAAAUGAUCAGGGGUCAAGACAUAGCAUUUUGGAAUCCUCAAGACUAGUGCUUUAACACUAGUCCCUGCUAAAUACUUGCAAAAAUAUUCCAAAAUGACUACAUGAAUAGAAUAUAUGGAUCUUUUUAUGACCAAACCCUCAUUUUAAAACCGCCUCUUUGUGCUCCAGCAAAUGAAUUUAAAUUUUAAGAGGGGUCGCCGAUUUGAUAAUUUUCGAUUUGAGGCCUCCUUCCUGUGAUAGAAUAGCAUUAUAAUCAAAAUUGAAAAGAUCAAGAUGAUAUAUUCAUGUAGUCAUAUUUUGCAGGGACAGUUUUUGGUUUUGCACACCUAGUCAGUUAAACCCCCCUCCUUUGAUUACGGAGGACUUUGCAGUUAAAUAGUUCCAUGGUGUCAUCGGUUUCAAUGAUAAAAGUGAAGUAUACAAGAAAUAUUUAUUUUUCUACAAACUAUUGAUUAUUUCUUAUUCAUGAUCUGUUUGUUUUCAGA